GGUGAAUAUGGAAGGGUGGUUAGAGUUUCCCCCGGUCUCCAGUAAAGUGGAGCAGCAGAAGAUCCGCACCUCUGUACUCAGACUGCUCUGCUGGAGGAACACCAUCAGCUCACCUGCUGCAGUACCGAAUGCUACAUUCCUACCUGGAUGAACCUGGAUUAGCUGCACAAAGUGGAAAACAUGGCAUCCAGAGAAAUCUCCAAUACUCAGCAAACACCCUCUCCUACACCUUACAGACAAAUGCAGAAAAGUACAGGCAAGAAGAAAACUCACCACUGCUCAGACUGUGGGAAGAGAUUUACUCAACAGAGUCAUCUUGGAACACACCAGCUCAUUCACACUGGAGAGAAAUCGCAUCACUGCUCAGACUGUGGGAGUAGCUUUAAUGAUUCGAAUAAUUUCAAGCAACAUCAGCACAUUUACACUGGAGUGAAGCCAUAUUCCUGUUCAGACUGUGAAAAGAGUUUUACUCAUCAGAGUAGUCUUAAAACACACCAGCUCAUUCACACUGGAGAAAAAUCAUUUCACUGCUCAGAGUGUGGACUGAGUUUUUAUCAACAGCGUAAUCUCAAACAACACCAGCACAUUCACUUGGGAAAGAAACUAUAUCAGUGUUCAGACUGUGAAAAAAGUUUUAAUAAUAAGAGCCAUCUCCAGCAACACCAGCGCAUUCACACUGGAGAUAAACCAUAUCAGUGUUCAGACUGUGGAAAGAGUUUUAAUAAUCAGAGUAAUUUUAAAAAACACCAGCGCAUUCACACUGGAGAGAAACCGUUUUACUGCUCAGACUGUGGGAUGAAUUUUAAUCAACAGAAUAGUCUCCAGCGACACCUGCGCGUUCACACUGGAGAGAAACCAUAUUACUGCUCUGAAUGUGGGAUGAAUUUUUAUCAGCAGAGUAAUCUCCAACAACACCAGCGCAUUCACACUGGAGAAAAGCUGUUUCACUGCUCAGACUGUGGGAAAAGUUUUAGUCACCAGUAUAGUCUUCAGCGACACCAGCGCAUUCACACUGGAGAGAAACUGUUUCACUGCUCAGACUGUGGGAAGAGUUUUAAUAAUCAGAGCGAUUUAAAAAAACACCUGCUCAUUCACACUGGAGAGAAACCAUAUUACUGCUCAGACUGUGGAAAGAGCUUUAAUAAUCAGAGUAGUCUCCGAACACACCAGCGCAUUCACACGGGAGAGAAACCAUAUCACUGCUCAGAGUGUGCAGUGAGCUUCAGGUAUUUACCAUCAUUCAAGAAACACAAGUGUAUUAAGAAGGACAGUGACGCACCCUAAACUAUUCAAGAUCCCAAGCCGGAUCUAUUGGUAAUGUAUAUUGUAAUGGUAAUGUAAUGGUAGAGGUCAACUGCAUUUUUUUAAGCAUAUUCAUAAAGAAAAAUAUAGGUAUCUUAUAAUAUAGUUAUUAUAUAUCCAGUUAAGCUCUGUACAGCUUCAUUCGUAAAAGAUACAGUAAAUAAAUUAAUAAUUAGGGUUGUUUACGUAACCUAUGCAAAUCAUGGCAACAUUAUUGUAACCUUGUGCUUAUGAUACCUGUUAAAUCCAUCUUAAAUCUAGCUUAAGCUAAUUUUUACCAGGAGCAGGAUUUAGAGGGUUAAAAGUGAUGUUUCAUGGACAAAGAUGUUGGAGAAACUUGUCAUCCAGGUGAAACAUAACCAUUGUUAUCAAAUUUUCUUUUAGGGUAAAUAGUUACUUAGUACUUAGUUUUAACUUUGUCAUUGCUACAAAUACACAGUCCUUUUUUUUUUUUUUGCGAACCGUAACAGUUCGGUUCAUGUAAAUGCACGCAGAAUGCACGGUACAGCCUAUAGGAGACAUUCUCUCUGGCGUCACUCUCUAACUCUCUCUUCUUUUUUUUUUAACUCUCUCUCUUUCUCUUUCACGCGCUCGAGCCCAGUUCCAACAUUCCAUCCCAAAAAACAAAACAUGAUAAUAAUGAAGGUCCAUUGUUAUUAUAAAGUUAAUGAAGGAGAGGCUAUAGAGAAUGUCCAGUUUUCACCAACCAAAAACCUACUGUAUCGUGGGGUUUAUUUUCUGUACCUUUACACCCCUAACAAAUACACAUCAAAUUCAAGUACAAAUAUUAGCAUGAUGCAAAAACUGUGUUAAUAUGAGUACAUGUCUAUGAUAAAUAUGUUAAAUAUAAUGAGAUAUAGGUCACUAUGCAUAUAUAACCCAAUAUACAUGCCAAAUAUAAUGGGACAGGAACUAGUAUUUUGUGCCAUGAGUGUUGUCAUGUCCCAGUGUAAUGGUUAACAGAACCAGCUCUGCAGGAUCGGAAAGUGGACUGUUGUGGUAAACAACUCUCUCUUGUUAUUUCAGUAAUACUACCACAGUGCUUUGUGUAUGCGUUCUUUAUGUGUGAAUAGAAGAUUAGCAGUAGCAGUGGGAUCUGACUCAUUUAGAACUGCUGCUGGUUUCCAAGCGUACCAGCAUGAAGAGGCUGUGCAUGCAAACUCUGCUGGAUGAUUUUUCAUAUAGGCUAAUUAUAAGUGUGUUGGUUAACUUUACUAACUCUGAAAACUAUCUGAACUAAACGUAUCUAAAAACUGAAUCCAAGCAACUGAUGAGCGACUUAGCUGAAUUUUUUUUUUUUUUUUUUUUU